AUGUAAGAAAAUUUAAUUCAAAUCGACUUUUCAUAAAUCGAAAGCUUAGAUCCUUGUGUACAAGGAGGCUAUAAGAUAAUUUACAAUCAGGAGAUCCCCUUCAUGAUUAAAUUCCCAGAUCAAGAAGAUCAAAGUAUUCUGGAAACCAUCAGAGUCAGAAUAAUGAUAUUGGUAUGGAAUUUAAAAUUAUCAAAAACAGGGGAAUGGAAAAGACUUAUAACAAUUGACUUUGGAGUUGUCGAGUGAGAAUGAUCUAUUUUUCUAUUAUUUUCACACAGUUGAUAAAGACAAUUUUCAAGUUGUAAAAGCAAAUUAAAAACUCAACACAGACUUCUUUGGUUAUCCUGAAGUUUGUGUGAAAACAUUCAGGAGAUGUCAAUUGGAGUAAAAACAGUAAACACAUUGAUAAUAUAUCUCAAGGUUUGCACCCAUUUUGUACAUUCAACAGAAUGCGAGAGCAUAAGUGAGUAUAGUUUAAACAUUGGAGUACAAGGAAUUGGCUCUAAUAGCUUUUGAGAUGAUUGCUGGAGAUGAGGAAAUCAUCAAAUAGCAUGUCUAUUACAAACACGGGGCAGUGAAAUCUAAGUUUUAGAUAUUAAAUGCAAAAAUAAAAGAUGUAUUUGAUUCUUCAUUCAUUAUCAGAUACAUGAAUUAGUCAAAGUGAAGAAUCCCUAGUUGUUGCUUCAUUUGUAAAAGUACCUUCCUAAUUGA